AUGCUCUCUCGUGCCAUUAUGGGAGGCAGAAAAGCAGAGAAUAAUCCAGUUAAGAUCAUAGAAAGAUGUCGUAAAGAAAAUAGGCCGGUAUUUGUGGCUGGACCAAUGGUUAGAUACUCCAAGUUACCAUUUAGACAGCUAGUUAGACAGUAUAAUGCAGAUAUAGUUUAUACUCCUAUGAUACUAGCGCGAGAAUUUGUGAGAAAUGGAAAUGCAAGGAUGAGUGAUUUUAGUACUAAUUGGCAAGAUAGUUCUCUCAUUCUGCAGAUUGGGGCCAAUAAUGUGACGGAUUUGGUACGAAUGUGCGAGAUGGUUCGACCAUUUGUUGACGGCGUGGGCCUCAACUGUGGCUGUCCUAUUAAAGACCAGGUUAGGGAGGGUAUAGGAGCAGCGCUUAUGUCGAAGAAAGAUCUUGUAGCGGAUAUGAUUCGUACUGUUAAGGAGAAAUUUGGGGAUUCUUUGCCUGUGGAAAUUAAAAUACGAAUCCAUAAAGACAUCAAUGAGACUGUGGAAUUUGUGAGGUGUGCAGAAGAUGCAGGUGUAGAUUUUAUCACAGUUCAUGGAAGAACCCAAAAUACAAAAUCUUCAGUUCCUGCCGAUUUAGACAAGAUCCGUAUAAUAAAGGAACAUGCUCGAGUUCCCAUAAUAUCGAACGGAGAUUGUCGAAGUCUCGAAGACGCUUACAGAAUAUAUAAAAAGACUGGAUGUAACGGAGUCAUGGCAGUAAGAGGAGUGCUAUACAACCCUGCGAUGUUUGCAGGAUACCAGAAGACACCAUGGGGAUGCGUAGAAUUAUUUUGGGAUUAUUUUACUUCCUAUGGACUUCCGUUCAGGCUUGCGCAACAUCAUCUUAGCUGUAUGCUCGAAGGGCAGAUCCCUAAGGCCUUACACAUUGAACUUAAUGAGACAAAUAGCAUGGUGGAAAUGGUUGAUUUUUUUGAUAAUUAUUUUGAAUUAAGAAGAAGAGGAGAUAAGAAUUUUGGACAACGAAUAGGAUUAUCUUAUAGGAAGGUUGAAAAGUGA